UUUAUUUUUAGUUCAGUUAUACAAAUAAGAUGUUUUUCUCACUGUUCAGUGUUAUCAACAUUUGAAACUAUUUUUGUACAUUAUUAUCCUCUCUGAUUUCUAAUCCUAUGCGGCUUUGCAAGGACUAAUAGGGAAUGUAUAGAGCCCGUGCAAGUUAAACCCUUAAUAAAGAGCAAUUUGCAAGUACAAUUCUCUCAUUAUUUUUUUUAUCGAUACUUCUGCAUAUUCAGUGAAAUCUAAAGAUUAGAGUUUUAUGAAUAAUUCAGUGUUUAGGCUGAUGUCUGAUUCAUGCUUUUCAAAUCUGGGAGGUGGUUUUGGAGGGAAGAGGAGGAAGGAUUCAGGGUUUAUUUGCUGUCCGUGAGGCUGUGCUUCACAGGAGUGUGGUGAUGCCUGGCACUGUGGUUCUCCUGCCCAUGGAGGACCAGCCCUGGCACAAGCCAGGCUGGCCCCAAGGCCUGGCCCCAAGCCCGCAGGCUGUCCCCAUACUGUGACACCUGGCUGCUGCUGGUAGUGCUAGGGGCAACAAGGGUUUGGGACCCUCCUGCCAGUUCAGCCAGGUGCCAGAGGCAUCACAGAGCUACCAGAGAGGUGAUGGAUGGAUCCAGGUUGAGGAAAUGCAAAUUCUGUGGUGCCAGCACCAGCAGCUCACUGUCCCCUUCCUGGGGAAUUCAGAAAUGGAGGGAUAAACAGGCUGGUGCUGCUCUGGGGAGGAGGAGGGCAUGUGGGGCUCCAGGCAAUGGGUCUAUCUCCCAGCUCCUUGCUCCAGACCUGGCUCCUCCUGGCACCUCAGCCAGGAUCUGGCCCUGGGCUCAAGACAUGGGUGCAGACCUUGACAAAGGUCUCCAUGGGCAGCGCUUUUCAGGUCCAUUGCUGUGGUCUGCUGAGAUGGCCAAGAGCCAGUUCUGCCUCAUGUAAUCCCACUUUACAACUUCCCCACGUUUACAACAGACAAUGCACACAAAACCCCUGUGAGUCCUGCGUGGAGUGGGAGGCCCCCACCACGGGGACAUUUGCAGUGGGGAUUGUUUCUACACCAGACUGGGUGGGGAAACAGUGGGGACUGUUUCUACACCAAAGAGCCAUUGGUGUUUUACUCAGGUUCUCCUCACUGCAUGGAGGGGUCAUGGAAGUGAUGUGGCUGCCCGUGUCCAAGGCUGGGAGUGCUCUCCCCUGAACAUGGGAUUCAGUGGGUGGGGGCAAAUUGUUAUCCUGCUUGUGACACCUGGGGAUGCUGGGUGAGAGUUGCUCCUCCUACCUCUGCUGGCUAACCAAGCAGCUCUUUAUUUUCCUCCUCUCACUUGUGAAAUCUUCUCCCCACGCCAUUUUCAGAGUCCCAUUUCCUAGUGAGUCCAUGCUUGGUAAGGGAGACAGCACAUCCCACUUCACCCUGGCAGUGGGUCUGUGUGGGCCCCAUGCUCUGGGCUGGUUCCCUGUGCACCCCACAGCAAGUGUUGUCAGAGAGCUGCAAUCCCAGCACCCCAACACCCACCUUGCAGCAGGUAGACACCUUUUGUCUGACUGUUCAGGGCACUCACCCUGCAAAGCCCCAUCACUCAUCCUUCUCCCUCCAGCCCCUCCCAAAGCUUUGGCAAAGGCCCUUCAGCUUCCAGACCCUGGCUUCCACCAAGGCUUUGACCACAGCAAUUAGCAGCUGCCAACCAGCACCUGCAGCCAGGCUGGUCAUCAGAUAAAUUGGAUGGAGGUGAGCUGGGUAUGGCAGUAGGGUUUGUGCUGCCUGUGACUGCCUGGGUUUGUGUGCUGCCAUGGAGCCUCAGCUGGGUAAGGGGUCAGCAAGUGCAAUGGGGUCCCUCAGAGCUGGAGUUUGGCUCAUGCUCUGGGCUAGGGUGGCUGUGCUUCUUGGGAGGGCUGCAGGGAUGAGCAGGGCUGUGGCACCUUGGCUUCUGGGGGCUUUGAGGCUGCUGGGGGUGUGAAUGCCUCAGGACCAGGCUUCAGUCCCAAAUGGUCCCUGUUCCAGCAGCCAAGGCCGCUGGCAUCGCCCCGCGCUGUCAGGCCCCGCACCCUCCAACCCUGCAGAUGGUCAAGGAGGCACUGCGGGCCCACGAUGAGAAGAAGGGUGCCUCUGUCGUUGCCAUCAAGCGUUUUAUCCUGACCAAGUACCCCAGUGUGGACCCCAUCCGCCUCAAGUACCUGCUGAAGCAGGCGCUGAGCAAGGGGCUGAGCUGCGGGGACCUGGUGCGGCCCCACAGGUCGACUGCUGUGGGGGCCACUGGCACCUUCAAGGUGAGCGAGGAUGCUGCAGCCACGGGGCUGGGGACAGGUGCUGGUGCCGCCAAGCAGCAGCCCAAGGUGAAGCCCGUGAAGGCCCAGCCACGAGCAGCAGAGAAGCCCAGGAGCAAUAGAGCGAAGCAUCCCCAAACUGCUGACCAGCCCCAGGCUCAUGGCCCGGGGCCUUCAGGGCCCCCAAAGGCUGCUGGCCACCGCCAGGCCCCCCAAAAAGGACACUCAGCUCCCAGCACAGCUCGGGCUGCUGAGAAGGCAGGAGGGAGCGAUAGCGACAGCUCUGCUAGUGCUGGGGCGAAGGCCCCCAGGGGAAAGAGCAAGGGGAAGAUGCCCAAGGGGGCACAGCAGGAUGCCCCCCAGGCACAAGGAGGUCAAGACAAGGCAAAGAAACCCCACGUGACUGCAAGAGCUGGGCAGGGGAAGGCUAGGAUGAAGAAGGCAGCCCCCCUAGCAGCAGACAGAAAGGCUCCAUAGGGAGCUUAGCCCUACUUCAGUUGGCCCCAGGCCCUUGGGGUCUGUGCUGGUUUCAGUCCCUAGGCCAGGUUUUAAUUCUGUAUUCACCUCAUCCUAAUAAAGCUUCUUUAUUUGCCUCAUGGAAUGGCAUGACUGUUGUGACCCUGUCCCUGAGUUCCAUCUCUCAGUGCCAAAAUCCCUCAGCCCUGUCUUCAACCUGCUCGGCAUGGCGGUAAGCUGAUGCUGCAGGCAGCUGCCUUGCUGCCUGCCUCCACGGAGAGGUUCUCUCUCUGUCCCCAUGUGUCCCCAGCUGCGGUGCCAAGGGCUGCUGGGCUUGGGGGCUGUG